AUGAAUGGGGAGUUUGAUAUGCCGGCCGGCGCUUGCGCUGCGUGCAGGUACCAGCGCAAGAGGUGCGACGAGAGCUGCGUUCUCGGGCGGUACUUUCCGCUGGAAAGGGCUGAGGAUUUCGAGAACGUGCAGAGGCUGUUUGGGAUUCAGAACGCCGUGAAGAUACUCAACUCGGUGGCGGAGAAUGAGCGGGAGAAGACUGUGGAAAGCCUUAUUCUGGAGGCGAGAAUGAGGAGGGAGAAUCCAGUGCACGGCCCCAUCGAGGUGGAGAUGAGGCUGCGGGCCGAGAUGGAGAAGGUGAAGAAAGAGCUGGACAUGGUCAAGAAAGAACUGAAGUUCUUCAAGGGAGAUGAUGAUCAUGAUCAUCAUCAACCUGGUUCUUCUACUGUUUGA